AUGCCAGAAAUUGAUUGGAACGUAGAGAACACUCGGAUCCUAUGUGGUUUGAUGGCUGAACAAGUUGAGAAAGGAAACCGGCCAAAUACAUUCUUGAAUUCAGUUGGUUAUGCUGCUAUUGAAAAAGCAUUCAAAGAUCAGACAGGCGUUGAAUUGAACAAGGGGCAAAUCAAGAACAAAUGGGACAAGUUGAAGGAAGAAUUCAAGGCAUGGAGGAAGAAGGCUAGAGCUGAUAUUCCAGGCUGUGGGAAGUUUAGGAAGCAUCCACUUCAAAAUGAAGAUGAGUUAACAAUUUGUUUUCAAGGCAUUGUAAAUUUUGGUUCCGAUCAUUGGACCCCUUGUGGCAACAAUUCUACAAUGGCUGCAACACCUAGUGUGACUCAAGAUGAACAAGGUGCUGCACUAGUUGAGGAUAUUGAUGCACUGGGUGCGACACAAGACGACGAGACAUAUGAGGUUACACCUUCCCCUGGUAGUGGCAAGAGAGCAGCAAGGCCUGUCCAGGGUUCAGGCAAGAAGGCUAAGACAACCAAUGCAGUCCUCAUUCAAGAAGCUUGCACUAGUACGGCUAGUUCAGCCAAUGCAUACGCUGCCAAGAAAGAUGGAAAAUUCACUAUUGAUGAAGUGAUGAAGGCAGUUAGAGAUUGUGGUGCUGAGUAUGGAACCGAUGAACACUACAUUGCCACUGAACUGUUUGUCAAGAAGGAGCAAAGGGAGAUGUUCAUGACCUUUCCUACGGAUGAAAUUAAGUUCAACUGGCUUACUAGAAAAUAUAAUGAUAAGCAUGCGAAGUAG